UAUUCUAGACCAUCAUACAUACAAGAUUCUAGGCUAUCAUACUUGACCUCGAAUGUCAAAGAGCCCAAGAUGGCGCUCGACACAAAAUCACCAGCAGCUACAACUCUAAACGAUGGCACUACAGACUACGUCCCCAUGAGAAAAAGGAACAACUCCAAAGAGCCACACAUCACUGAGCAACCCAUCACUUGGGGCAACUGGUAUAAACAUGUCAAUUGGUUGAACUGUUUCUUCAUUCUCUUCAUCCCCUUCCUUGGCUGUGUUGGGGCAUACUGGACACCUCUUCAGCUCUAUACGGGCAUCUUCGCCGUUGUAUACUACUUCAACGCAGGUCUUGGCAUCACGGCCGGAUACCACCGCUGCUGGGCGCACAGAUGCUACAAAGCGACCCUCCCAUUAAGGAUCUACCUAGCCGCCGCAGGAGCCGGUGCAGGACAAGGCUCGAUCCGAUGGUGGUCCCGCGGCCACCGUUCCCAUCACCGGUACACCGAUACCGAGAAGGAUCCAUACUCGGUCCAAAAGGGAUUCUGGUACUCGCAUAUUGGUUGGAUGGUCAUGAAGCAGAACCCGAAGCGGAUCGGUCGCACGGACGUCACGGAUCUCGACGCCGAUGCCGUGGUCGUGUGGCAGCAUACCAACUAUAUCAAGUCAGCCCUGUUCAUGUGUCUCGUGUUUCCGACUGUAGUCUGUGGCCUAGGUUGGGGCGAUUGGCUUGGUGGAUUCGUCUACGGUGGCAUCCUGCGCGUGUUCUUCAUUCAACAGGCCACCUUCUGCGUCAAUUCGCUUGCCCAUUGGAUCGGCGAACAACCCUUCGAUGAUCGCAACUCCCCAAGAGACCAUAUCAUAACCGCCUUCAUAACCCUCGGUGAGGGAUACCAUAACUUCCACCACGAGUUCCCGUCAGACUACCGUAACGCCAUCGAGUGGUGGCAGUACGACCCCACAAAAUGGUCCAUCUGGGUCUGGAAGCAGCUCGGCCUCGCCUACGACCUCAAACAGUUCCGCCAGAAUGAAAUCGAGAAAGGGCGCAUCCAACAGCUGCAGAAGAAGCUCGACCAAAAGCGCUCUACCCUCGACUGGGGCAUUCCCCUCGACCAGCUCCCCGUCAUGGAUUGGGAUGAUUUCGUUGCCGAGGCCAAGAAUGGCAGGGCGCUUGUUACUAUCGGAGGCGUUAUUCAUGAUAUCACGGGUUUUAUCAAGGAGCAUCCCGGCGGCAAGGCAUUCAUCUCGUCGGCCGUUGGUAAAGACGCUACUGCUAUCUUCAACGGUGGGGUCUAUAACCAUUCCAAUGCGGCCCAUAACUUGCUGUCUACUAUGCGGGUCGCGGUUCUUCGUGGCGGAUGCGAGGUGGAAAUCUGGAAGCAUUCCUUGCCGGAUGGUAAGGCCCCGAUGCUGACGGAUUCAACUGGUCAGCGCAUCGUGCGGGCUGGAGAUCAGGUUACCAGGACUGCGCAACCAGUGCCUAUGGCGAGUGCGGAGGCUAGAUAA